AUGCCUGAGAAGACUUCGAAGCCCUCCGCGCGCAAGUCCUCUCACGCCGAGAUCCACGACCAGGUCCCUCAGCGCUCUCCCGUGAACGCCUUAAAUCUGGAGGCUUUCUGUACCAAAGCGGACUGCUCGGAGCGCGUCAGGCUCUUUAUCGCAGCUCAGACGAGCUAUGCCCGAGUUCAUGCGCAAGAGGGGCGGGCAGAGCUCGCGUCUUGGAAGUCUGACGGCACGCCGCGCACACCGCCCAAAAUUGAUCCGCUUGUAUCUGUCUUCGAUACACCGAUCUUGAAGCCGAGGGUACCAGGGACGGAGCUGGGUGCAGAUACAAAUCGGAAGCAUUCUGGCUCUGGACCCUCCGCCUCGCGAGUGCCUCAGAAGACGGACCAAGUGCACGAUUCCAAGGAUCAGAAGGAGAGAUCUAGAGAGGGGAAGCAAAGGAAUCGCAGAGACAAGGGAAAGGGAGAGGACGAUGAACAGAACGAUAGACCUGAAGAGACCAAACGACCUGCUGCUGCUCGAAAGCUGAAGCCGAUUCCCGUGGCGCCCUCCAAGAAGCGUCCAAAGACGCCAACGAGUAGUGAGCUCGAACACGUCGCUAGGCUGGCAGAUAGACGCGAGCGGAAGCGCGCAAGAAGGGAGAUUGUCAAGCCUGCGCCUAUCGCGAGUUCCUCGGUCGAUAAGGAGAACGAUGGAGAAGACGACGUGGAGGACGGCGCUUCAUUAGAUGUCAAGCUGAAGAAGCCCACGAAAGGUGGAAAGGCCAAACCGGCGAAGAAGAAGAAAGUGCCCGCUGGAAUGGCUCUCUUGUACGGGUUCUCUGCACCCAAUGUCGGCACGAACAGGUUGACAAUGAAGCCGAGUCAGAAUUCCCAAUACGGCGUGUUCAAUCGGGGCCGGGCGUCUUCUAAAGCUCAAGUAAGCGCGAGACCAAGACUUGCCCGGGGUGCUCUAUUCUCCGAGGAGCGAUUCUUAAGCUUCAAUCGGUCUCGUCCUGCAACUGGUCCAUCGCUCCGCGCUGGACGUUUACGCCGACUAGUUGACGACGAAGAGGUCUCUUCUCGCCCGUCGACUGCUGCCUCAGUACCGGCCGUCUCCGUCCGCACUAAGCCCAUAACUGGGAAAGGCAGCAAGAGACGUCGAAGUCCAUCGUCCGAUGUCGAACUCCCCAACGAAUCUCUCGAGAUUGCUCAAGAAGACUCCUGCGUAGCCACUGAAUCCGCUCCUUGGGACAUUGAAGAUGGCCGCUCACUUGCCUCGCAAGCUACCUCCGCUUCUUCACCCAAAGAACCCUCGGCAGUCAUGGAUAUUCGCCAGCAUCGACUCGGGAAGUUACUUGCCACUUCUGCCAUUCGGGCCGAGCCUGAUUUGCGUGACGACGAAGACGUCUCUGAGAGUGGCCUUCAUCGCGAGACUUCUCCUGGUCGUAUUGGGCAAGAUAAUCUUUCGCAAGAGGGGGUCUCAAGUCGUCAACCCACCCGUGGCACUGUGUCUACCAUCGCGCCUUCGGAAUCAGCUUCGCAAGUCCUAAAGCGGGCCCAGAAUGUAGUGACAGGGAUGCAGCUCUCGAAAUACUUUACUCGCCCACGCAAGCCUCCCACUGAAGAGUCGCGACCGACUAGUGCUCCUCCCAGGCCAAUCCCGACCAUUCAGCCAAAGCCGCCUGUGCGAGCCCCUCAGGCUGCACCAGUCUUGCCAUCGCCAAGCCUUCGCUCACACUCGUUAUCCCAACCUUUGCCAACCGCUGUCGCACAAGUUCUACCUGUCGCCUCAUCACCUGACGUAAAACGUCCUUCAUCCGCUGAUAGUCUUGAUCGUGCGCUCAAAGCUAUGGACGUUCCCGAUCCCAGUCUCCGCGUCCAUUUCCAGCGUUCACAGCCAUCUGCGAGGCGUCCAGUGACCGCCCCGGACAUUGACCCAUUCAUCGGCCCUCAAGAUUACCGAGCCCUAGAAACCCGUGCAGGCGCUUCGCGUGAGGCGGACGCGGCGGAAACCGAAGUCGGAACUCAAUAUGCUACUGACGAAUACGGACGGGUCAACGCUAUGGACGUGUACGUCGGAUAUAGCACGUUUCUUCGCGAAGAGUCAGACGACUUUGGCCACGAAGAUCGUCCUCUUUCGGCUCAUGACGUGCAGGACGACCCAGAUUAUGCAGAGGAGGAAGCGAUGAUGAACGUGGUUGAGUACAUUGGCUCCGAACACUACCGGGAUGCGGAGGGGUGGGUAGCCGGUACAGAGCCGGUGGAGGAUGGUUACGCGGUGGAUGAAUACGAUGGCUAUGCUCUGCGCGAAGAAGAUUCGAGCAUGCAGUACGCGAAUGACCAGACCCACUUCGAAGACGAAUGGAGUGAUGAGGAGGUCCGAGCCGUUUCGCAAACGCCGGGGCCGGCAGACCUAUUUCUGCGCACGUCUUACCAUGCAGAGGAGGAUGUGGCGCGUCAGCUGCAGGGCCACUGGCGCCCGCAGACUUACUGA